AUGGCACCCAAAGCAUACGACGAAGAGGAGCUCUCCAUCUCCCUGUCGCCCUCGCAGAUUCGGAGACAGACCCCCGGCGGCCGCGUACCAGAGAUUAAUGUCACGUCGCAUCCAGCACCCGAAUCCUCGCACAGUGGCGGUCGUCACGGCACCUUCUUGCCUAACCAGCCGGGCACCCAGGCUCGAGAUAAGAUCAAGACGGAGCAGCGCGUUGGCGCAUACAACAUCCUGAAGACAUUGGGCGAAGGGUCCUUCGGCAAAGUCAAGCUGGCCGUCCACAGGAGCACCGGCCAAUAUGUCGCACUCAAGAUUAUCGCGCGCAAGAAGCUUAUUAGUCGUGAUAUGGUCGGUCGCGUCGAGCGCGAGAUCGAGUACCUUCAGCUGCUGAGGCAUCCUCACAUCAUCAAGCUGUACACUGUGAUUAAGACCCAUAAUGAAAUCAUCAUGGUGCUGGAGUAUGCUGGCGGCGAACUGUUCGACUAUAUCGUAUCCAACGGCCGCAUGGACGAGGACAAGGCGAGACGAUUCUUCCAGCAGAUGCUAUGUGCGGUGGAAUACUGCCACAGACAUAAGGUCGUGCAUCGAGAUCUCAAGCCCGAGAAUUUGCUGCUGGACGACCAGCUCAAUGUCAAGAUCGCCGACUUUGGUCUGAGCAACAUCAUGACGGAUGGGAACUUCCUCAAGACGAGCUGUGGAAGCCCCAAUUAUGCCGCACCCGAAGUCAUCAGCGGCAAGUUGUAUGCUGGGCCUGAGGUGGAUGUCUGGAGUUGCGGCGUGAUCCUCUAUGUUCUGCUCAUAGGACGGUUGCCCUUUGACGAUGACCACAUUCCUAGUUUGUUUGCAAAAAUCCAGCGGGGUGUCUUCACGAUUCCUGGGUGGUGUCCCGAGGAAGCGCAGAAGAUGAUCAGAAAGAUGCUGGUGGUCAAUCCGAUGCAACGCGCAACCAUCGAUGAGAUCAAACAGGAGCCCUGGUUCCUGAAGGACUUACCCUCAUAUCUUGCCCCUCCGGUCGAAGAGUUUCUCAAUACAGGCGUGGACCCUAAUAAGGCCAUUAAACCAAGUGAUAUUGCCCCUCAUGCCCCUCAACGGGUUCAGGAGAAGCUGCAUAACGAGGUUACUGAGAAGAUCAGCAAGACUAUGGGGUACGGAAAGAAGGAUGUUGAGGACGCCCUGGGCGCAGACGAGCCAUCUGCUAUCAAGGAUGCGUACAUGAUAGUCCGAGAGAACAGGCUGAUGCAAGUAAAUCCUGCCUACGGUACCGGCAACGACAACCCGUAUUUUGCGGCCUCGCCGCCCACUGCCAGUCACGAAGAGAGCAUGGCAAGCGUCAACACCGCUUUGAACGAGUUAUCUCUCAACAGGGAACACGAGCUUCACGAGUCACAGGCCAGUCCCCUAGCGGAUUCAGCCAGAUCUACGACCUCGACCAUUACUAGCACUUCGCCCCGUGGCUACGUCAGCAAGGUUGGCAUCCUCCCAACGAGUUUGCCAGCUCUAUACAAGGAGUACCUAGAACGCCAGAAUGCGGGUGUCGAAGAGCCACUGAACAGCCAGCCGGUUCCUGAUAUCCCCUUGCAGCCUCGGACUCCUGCCGAGCAACAAGAGGCAGUUCGCCGCCUCAAGCCACACUCCAAGAGCGCAGUCAGACUUGAUGAUAGCAAUACACGACCGCAGACCAUGACACCGGUCGCGCCCAAGAAGCCGAGGCCGGUUCGCUGGCAAUUCGGUAUUCGCUCACGCAACGCCCCCUGGGAAGCCUUGCUUUGCAUUUAUAAGGCAUUAUCAAAGCUGAAGGCGACCUGGGUCGUUGAUGAGGAUUAUGAAAAGGUCCAUGAAGAGGAUGGCAGUCGCGGUCACGCUCGCAAGAAUUCAUCUCAUAAUCCGUAUGAAGGGAAGGCCCCAGAGGACAUUGAUCUCGCAACUUUCGACCCCCUCAAGUACUACCGCCUCCCUGCGGACCCUUGGCACAUUAUCUGCCGCUGGACCAAAGAGGAUAUCCGCAGAUCCUCGGUCUCUUCGGGCACCACCACUGCUGAAGCAGCGUCUGAAGACAAUACCUACGUAUACUCCGUGGUUGACAAGCGCCAGCAGGACUUUGUCAACAUGCGUAUGGAGAUCCAAAUAUACGAGAUGGAGUAUGGCGUCUACCUUGUGGACUUCAAGUGUGCCGGCUACGAACGACCCGACGGAACGAUGCUUGAAGAGAAGGACGUGAUGAGCCCAUUCCCAUUCCUGGACAUGGCAGCUAAGCUCAUCAUGCAACUGGCAGAGGCGGAUUGA